AUGUCCCACCGCGAAGACGAUGAUCAUGACGCGGUGUCGUAUGCUGCCUACGUGAACGAGGUGAUGCAAAGAGGCAUCUUGGGUGGCCAGCUUCCCGUCGUCACCACCAACCCCAACCGGCUCGAGGAGCAGGCGCGCAAGGCGAUGCCGACCAAGGGCUUCGCCUACAUCCAAAGCGGCGCGGGAGAGUCGGCGACCAUGGACGCCAACCGUCUCGCCUUUCGCCAGUGGAGAAUCGUGCCGAGGGUGCUGAGGCCGACGAACCCGCGCGAUCUGAGGGUUCACCUCUUCGGGGAAAAGUACGGUAUGGAUUGA